AUCGUGAACCAGAAAACAUGUGAAUUGCAUUUGGAUGCGCAAAGGUUAGUAACGACUUGACUUUCAAAACCAGCGCAUCCUUCAGUAACACUACAGUUACCUUCCACUCCGUUUCACUCAGAUUGACGCAUCUGAACAGCUGCAAAAAUUUUCCCUAAAGUCCAGACAACAUUCUAGGUUAAACAUUCAAAAGGGGUAUUUUAAAGAAGGUUGUUUGUAUUCGGACUGCCGGGGAAGGCUCUGCCACCUCACUUCACCCAGAGGAUUUCCGCUGGUUACUUUCUGUCGGUUCAUCUCUGCUCCGCUUCGGGGGCCCCUGUUUUCCUGUAACCAACCGCUUAGAACCAAUCAAGAAGUAAAGAAGAGAAGAAACGCCCGUCCGCUCCCAAUUUCCUUUACUCCACUGUCCGCCAACCGCAGAGCCGACCGAGGCAGAGCCUGCUGUCAACUUUAACCCAGCUCAGCUGAUCUGUUGCCGCGCCGCCGCCGUCAGAUUCCAGAAGCAAAGAACAAGAAGGUGGGACGGGAGACAUGGAUGUGACUGUCGCUCCUCUGCGCGCCUGGGACGAUUUCUUCCCAGGCUCUGACCGCUUUGCCCGGCCGGACUUCAGGGACAUUUCCAAAUGGAACAACCGUGUGGUGAGCAACCUGCUCUACUACCAGACCAACUACCUGGUGGUGGCUGCCAUGAUGAUUUCCGUUGUGGGGUUCCUGAGCCCCUUCAACAUGAUCCUUGGAGGCACUGUGGUGGUGCUGGUGUUCACGGGCUUUGUGUGGGCAGCCCACCAUAAAGACGUCCUCCGUCAGAUGAAGAAGCAGUACCCCACAGCGUUUGUCAUGGUGGUCAUGCUAGCCAGCUACUUCCUCAUCUCCAUGUUCGGGGGAGUGAUGGUCUUUGUGUUUGGUAUCACUUUUCCCUUGCUGUUGAUGUUCAUCCAUGCGUCGCUGAGGCUCCGGAACCUCAAGAACAAACUGGAGAAUAAAAUGGAGGGAAUUGGUCUGAAGAGGACACCCAUGGGGAUUGUCCUGGAUGCCCUGGAGCAGCAGGAAGAAACCAUCACCAAGCUCACUGACUAUAUCAGUAAAGUGAAGGAGUAAACAGAGCUGACCUGGUGAUGGGGUUGCAGCAGAAAUCGAGUUGCGGCUUGCCCUUGUCCAGACCUACUUUCCGUUUGUGUUUUUGAAAUAGGAGGUGCAUGAACCAUCCUGCCAUCCGUGGCCCCAGGCACGGAGAGGCCUCCCUGUUCUUAUCUCUGCUGUCACAGAGAAAAGGCCUCCAACUAAAAGAAACCACCCUCCUGUUACGUAUGACAUCUCCAGUGUGUUUAUGUAAGCUGAUUGGAAAUGAAUCACCCUUAUUUCCUAAGGAGAAUAAAAGAAUCAUGAAGUGUACAACAACAAUAUGGUUAUUUUGUAGGAAACAGUUUGUAAAGUAUCUAGGCAAUAUGAAUAAAUGAAAAGACUGAAAGGAGAUGAUGUUAUCCUGUUUUAAUCCCCCUCUGCAUCCUCUUCCAAAAAUAUUCCUUCCUUAGGAUUAUAAUAUGUGGGGUAUCAAUUAGUUUAGCUUUUAUUAUUACUGUUUAAAAUAAAAAAUGAUCUUGAUCACUUUGCCUCCUGGUUGAUGUGCAGUGGAUAAAGCAGUUGUUUCUAUUUUGUUUACAAACAAAGCUGCUAGCUGCUUAGGAGAAUAUUUUAUCAAACUUUUUGUAAAUUUUUGAAAUGCUAUUAAUGUUUUCAUUAGAAGGCAUCUGUUGCAAACUAAAUAUCAUCUUCUUUAAGGGGGUUACAGCUCUGUAGCCUGUAUUAUUCUUGAUGAGCUUGUUAAAAAAAAAUCUGAAUAAAAUGAGUUUCUACUGCA